AUGCGAUUAAUCAACGUCAAAACGCUCGAGAUUGAGAUCUUUGCCGAAUCUACAGUUCCCGACUAUGCAAUUCUAUCACAUACGUGGGAGGACGAAGAGGUCUCCUACCAAGACAUGAGUCAACCAGGAGCAUCCGAAAAGCAAGGAUUUCGAAAACUGCAACAAGCAUGUCGACUGGCCUCGGAGCAACAAUUAGGAUAUGUCUGGGCUGAUACCUGCUGCAUCGACAAGACAAGCAGCGCAGAGCUAUCAGAAGCAAUCAACUCCAUGUUCCACUGGUAUCGAAGCGCCGUCGUCUGCUUUGUCUAUCUCAGCGACUUGAGUAGCCUUGACCACGACCAAGGACCCAAUUACGAGGACCUAAAAAGCUGCCGAUGGUUCACCAGGGGUUGGACCUUGCAGGAAUUAAUUGCCCCUGCCACAAUUCAGUUUUACGACAAAAACUGGACUUGUGUGGGAACAAAGCAGACUCUAGAUGACCCCCUUCACCUGAUUACCAAAAUCGACAAAAAUGUGCUUCAAGAUGGUCGUCGAAUCACGCAAUUCUCAGUCGCAAAGAAGAUGACGUGGGCGUCAGGCCGGCAAACCACCAGAAUCGAAGAUAUGGCAUACUGCCUGUUAGGAAUCCUUGAUGUCAAUAUGCCACUGCUUUACGGCGAGAGAGAAAAGGCGUUUCAACGUUUGCAGGAAGAAAUAGUCAGGUCAACACAUGACAUGACCAUAUUUUCAUGGAAGACGGAAGAUACCUCCGUGCUAUACUCUGGGCUCUUUGCCACAUCACCCAGCCAAUUCAUCGUGCACCCCAACAUGGAGCACUUUUCAUCGACAGCUAAUCAAGAGCAAGCCGAGUUCUCCGUCACCAACAAGGGGAUCAAACUGUCGUCCAGACUAGUAAAGAGCCCCGAAUCUCCACUGCAUUACAUUCUCCCUCUCCCGCCCUUCGACUCCGGACCCUUCACCAAAAUAACGGGCAUCUACCUCCAACAAUACAGCGCAAAUUCCUUCGUCCGAGCAAAUCCCCAUCGUUUAUAUGAAUCUCGAAUGGGGCUGCGGCCACUUGUAACCCAAGAGCGUGUACUGUAUGCCCUCAAGGCUGUAGACGACAAUCUACAUGAGUCUAUAUCAGCACCAUCUUCCUUUCUCAUCGACUUUCAACUCGACAACCACAUGCAGAUACGUAAAGUCGUACCUGAUUCUUUAUGGGAUCGACACCACCGACGGAGACUGUUUGUGCCGCCCUCGGGUUCUCGGCAAGCAGUUGUUUUUGUGGAAAUAGGUCCAAGGGAAAACACACCUGCAUUCAGUGUACAGAGACUCAGGACACAGAGGAGGAUGAACUGCAUGCUUCUCCUUUCGUUUGUGGACGGCGCCACCGUCAGCUGUGACUACGUGCUGUUGGAUAAGUCACGCCAUGGCGAGCUGUUUAUCCAAAAUGUGGAGUCUUUGACUGAGGCGAGGAGCAUACUCAUGUUUAGCUGGAAGGGAAAGGACGACUUUCGGGUGAACAUGUGCGAGGAGAGAGAAUGGUCUUUGGGGAAGCGGCGGUUCGAGACUUCAUUGGGCCCUGGUGAGGACACUCGGAGUCCGUUGAUUCUACGAUUAUUUGAAAGGGUUUCACGGGGUGGUCCUGGAACUUGUUUCUGCAUGUAG